UGCAGCCCAGUACUUUUACUUGAAAGCACCGCUGGUCUCAACUAGGAAGCAAACGGGCUGCGAAGUCUUCCAGGUUCAGAUUCGGGUUUCGGCUGUUUCCGGCAAGUGCAGAUUCCGGUCUCGGUUGUUUCCGGCAAGUUCGGAUUCCGGACUCGGCUGUUUCCGCCGGCCCAACUGGCGCAGGCGCAUUCCACCUUGGAGAGAGCGGCCGUUGGCGUCCAAGAUGGCGGCUGCGCUGGCUGAGGGGAGCGCGGCCGGCGCCGAGCCUGAGGCAGCGGCUGUUCCGCCCAUGGCGGGGCUGGAGAUGGUCCAGCAGGGAGCCGAAGCCCGGGUCUACCGGGGCCUCUUCCUAGGCCGGCCAACUGUGGCGAAGCACCGCUUCCCGAAGCGUUACCGCCACCCGUUGUUGGAGGAGCGCCUGAGCCGCAGGCGGACGGCGCAGGAGGCCCGCUCGCUGCUUCGCUGCCGGCGGGCAGGGAUCUCUGCACCUGUUGUAUACUUUGUGGACUAUGUUUCCAAUUGUAUUUAUCUUGAAGAUAUUGUGGGCUCAACUACAGUCCGGGACUAUAUUAUGUCUGAACAGCAAACUAGAAAUGAUUCAAGCAACCUUAUUCUGCUAGCAGAGAAGAUUGGUGAGAUUCUGGCACAUAUGCAUGAUGAAGAUCUUGUGCAUGGGGAUCUCACAACUUCUAACAUGCUGCUACGACCACCACCAGCAAAAAAGAUGGAGCUGGUAUUAAUAGAUUUUGGACUGAGUUUUAUUUCUGCUCUACCUGAGGACAAGGGUGUUGAUUUGUAUGUUUUGGAGAAAGCCUUUUUGAGCACCCACCCGAACACAGAAGCUCUGUUCAAAGCACUCUUGAAGAAGUACUCGGCUAUAUCUAAAAAAUCGGCUCCAGUGAUUAAAAAACUGGAUGAAGUGCGGCUCAGAGGAAGAAAGAGAUCCAUGGUUGGAUAAAAGAACACUGCACUGCAAAGAGUAUUUAAAUAUCUUCAGUUAUGUUACAUCAUGAAAUAAAUUUUAGCCUUUUUCA